UCACAGAUCCGGACAUGACAAGUCUGGUGAUAUCUUGGGGUUGCUGGCAUCUGGUGAAUUUGAUGUCUAUGAGAUCUCAAUAACCGAUCUCAAUGACGUAACAUCUGUUGCUGGUAUCGUUAACUCUGAUAGUACUUUGCAAUUCACAAUUAUGAACCUGGAACCCAGUACGGCAUAUCAGAUAUCUGUCGUUACCAGACUUGGUACCGGGGAUGAUGCGAGUCGAAGUGUACCAAGUGAAAUUACUGGUACCACAACAACCAUUCCUCCUGGCAACAUCGAAGUGCUGAAUGUAGAAGUUGACAGUAUAACCAUACUAUGGGGAGAAACUGAUGACAACUCUGCUAACGGGUAUAUCAUACUGCUCACACCUCCUGAUGGUGGUUCCUAUCCGCAGUAUCUUACCUUGGGGACGAGUAGGUUUACAUUCCCAUCGCUCACUGCAGGGAAAGAGUACUCUAUCACUGUGCAGAUAGCUGGUCUUAACGAAGGUAGAACCAUUUCAGAGCAAACAAAACCAACACCUCCAGGUGCUAUUACAGUUACUGCUGCCACUCCCACUACUAUAACAUUCAGCUGGGAGGCAGCCACGGGUGAAUUUGACACGUAUAGAAUAUUCUAUGGUGUAGAAGGAAUGCAGACAGAGUUUGACGGCUUCACUGAGAAUGAUGUCACCACUUAUACUUUGGUCAAUCUUAUACCAAAUACUUUUUAUAAUCUUGAGGUGGCUGCUAAGAGUGGUGACCAGGAUAGUGACAGAUCAUCAGUACUUGGACAGACUGCUGUUAUCCCAUUGGCUGAGAUUGCUGUCACAUCAGUGAGCACAAGCUCGAUAUCGAUAAUGUGGGGUGGCACCGACUCCUCAUCUGGUGCUUCUGGGUACCUCGUCUCAAUCACUCCAUCCAUUUAUGGACCUUUGUUUGUUGCCUUGGAUACUAUUGACUAUACUUUUAAUAAUCUGGACUCUGGUACGCUGUAUGAUAUUAUGGUUAACGUGCUGGGUACGUCAACUAGCGGCACAUAUCAACAAAGAACAGAACCCAAGCCGCCAUUGGAGGUAACUGCAGGGGAUGUUACAGAGACAACUGUUUCCAUGGAAGUCACCAUGGCUGCCAUUGGUAACUUUGAUCGAUAUGAGUUCUUUUAUGGAAGAGAUAGCGAUGAAUCUACGUAUGCCGGCAUGAUACCCUCUGCUUCGCCCUCAUUGGAGUUUAGCAUUGAUGGGUUGGACCCAGACUAUGAAUAUUUCAUCAAAGUUAAGACGGCUGCUGGUUCUGGGGAUGACUUGAUGUACAGUGUCCCAUUUGAACUCACUGUAUCAACUCUUCCUUUGGAUCCUGCCAGAAUUGUUGUUCUGGCUGUUACCACGACUACCAUUGAUAUUGUGUGGGGACCAAGCUCCAUUGGAGAUGGUUACUUUGUAAUUGCGGCAACAGCCAAUGAAAACCCGCAGUAUGCAACUACACUACUGGGAAGCUCACCUAAGCACAAAUUUAUUGAUCUGACACCUGGAACACAGUAUUCUGUUACUGUACAAGUGACUGGAACUGACAUCUCUAACUUAAUCACCCAGACAACCAGACCUGAAGCCCCAGGUACAAUAGCCGUUCAAAACGACCAAACGACAACUACAAGUAUAUCUGUUGUGUGGAGUCCACCGGUUGGUGAUUUCAAUAAUUAUGAGGUUUCGUACACUGAUGCUGUUAGCAUGGAAACUGUUUAUCAAACAGUAGCUAAAGAUAUCAACACACUGAUAAUUGACGGCUUGGACCAUUCUACGCCCUAUACUAUCACCGUGGUUUCAAAGAUUGGAUCUGGAGAUGAUGAGGUGAAGAGUGAGCCUACUAGUGUUGAAGCAUCUACUGCCGCCAUUCAGCCUGGGGAAAUUAUUAUACAGGAUGUGACAACCACUACGAUAUCUGUUUUAUGGGGAGCACCAGCCUUGCCAACAGUUGGCUACUUGGUAUCACAUGACCCAGCUGACACACCCAUAUUUGUCACAGUCACCGAAUACAUCUUCUAUGACUUAGUACCAGGACGAGAGUACACAUUAACAGUGGUGCCAACUUCUGACAGUGCCCUAGCUACGCAGAUUGUGCAGAGAACAAAGCCAAUUGCCCCUGGCGAUAUCCAAGUUGACGUUGACGGGAUUGAACCAACUAAAAUCCCAAUAUCUUGGGAGGCUGCGACUGGUGACUUUGACGGGUAUGAAAUUAGUUUCAUCGCUCCUGAUGGAACCGAGACAGUGGCAGAUUUGGUAGCAGCUGAACAACUGGACUAUACAUUGGUUGGCUUAGAACCUGGUAUUCUGUAUACUAUUCAAGUUUCCACCAGAGUUGAUGGUGUUACUAGUGAAGUAUCGGAGACGCAAGCAUCCACAGCACCAUUGGAGCCAAUAGAGAUUGUUGUGAUCAGUUAUAACACAACGUCUAUUUCUAUAACAUGGGGAUCAUCUGUAGAUCCAACAGCUGAGAACUACAUUAUCAUUGCUACAUCAACUGGUACUGACACACAGGUUUGGACUCAAUCCGUUGACGAUCCAACACUAUACACCUUCCAAGGACUUUUACCUGGAAGAAUGUACACUAUAACAAUUCAAGUUACUGCAGCUUCUGGUAAUUUGCAAGAGAACCAAAUAACGCAGAGUACUGUUCCUCUCCCGCCAGCAAACAUCAUAUUUAUAUCAUCCACGUCAACCAGCAUCACAAUUGCUUGGGAUCCACCCUCUGCCGGUGAUUAUGAAAAGUUCCAAAUAUACUCUGCUGAAACUGACGAGGAGAUGCUGACGCUGGCUGGCACCGUGGAUAUGGGGACGGCUGUAUUUACGCUGGAGCGGCUGAUGGAAGCUACAAUGUAUCAGAUACAGGUGUUUACCGUGGUUGGAAGCGGCUCUGAUGAAGUCAGGAGUGCUGCCAGGUCAACUCAACAGCAAACAAAAGCUACCAUUCUUAGAGUCUUGACUACGACCAUUAAUUUCAUCUAUGUGAAAUGGACAGCACCUUCCAUAAGUUUUGACACGUACACUUUGACCUACGAUCCAUCAGAUGGCUUACCAGCAUCACCAAUCCAGGACAUUCCACCAUUACAAUCAACUCAAAGCAUUAGUAGUCUAACACCUGGACAGGAAUACAGUCUUGUGUUGUCUGUGGUUGGCAUGACAACAUCAGAGUUGGACUCGCUGAAAACAAGAACAAAUCCAUUACCACCUGGAGCUGUGACUAUUGACGACUUUGGUGCUAAUUUCAUUGAAAUCAGUUGGGCUGCCCCCAUUGGUGAAUCUAUUUAUGAUCACUUUGAGAUCACCUACGUGCCUGAUGAUCGUACUGAUUCGCAACCUGUUCUUCUCCACGCCGUACUGCCACGAAUGUUGCGAAUUGAUGGCCUUAAUCCUUCUACCCAAUAUACUAUUACAGUUGUGACGGUUAGUGGUGCAGCGAAGAGUUUAUCCGGUAAAAGUGUUCAACAACUCACUGCGCCAGGAACAGAGGGUGCUAUAACAGUUAAAGAGGUAACACAUGACACUAUUGUGCUAUCUUGGGUACGUGUUACUGGAGCCGGAAGCUAUACGAUUGCCUACGCAGAUGAGUUGCAUACAUCUUACAUUACUGGUUUCGAGUUGGAAAAUUUGGUACCUGGUCGACAGUAUAUGAUUAGUAUUACAUCUAGUACUGGGACUGUAACGUCAAUUACUCAGGCUACAAUUCCGUAUACACCAGUGAAUGUGCAAGUACAACUGGUAACAUCUCGGAGCACCGUUGUCACCUGGGAUAAAGUCACCCAAGGAGAGUUUGAUUCUUAUGAAGUCACUUAUUAUCCAACGAAUGGGUUGACUGAGUCCCCUAGUUACAUCACGCCAAAAGACAAUUCACAAAUCCUGCUGGAUGGCCUCCUCCCAGAAACUGAAUAUACGAUCUUUGUUUCAUCGGUUACCGGAUCCGGCAAUUACAGAGUCAGCAGUGAUAAAGUCAUGGUCAUAGCAACGACUGAACCACCAGCAGCUGCAGAAAUCAACGUGGACCAAGUAGAAGACACAUCAAUUGAUAUCAGCUGGGGAGCUAGUACUGACCAAUUAGCAGUCUUCUAUGAAGUCACAGCAUCUUCAGAACUGGGUCAAAUUAUACAACAACAAAACAUUAAUUUUGGUGACCCAACUGAGUAUCAGUUCACAGGGCUGGCGCCAGGUGAAACAUACACCAUUUCUGUUACUGUCAUGGGAACUGAUGAAAGCGACACGGUUAUACAGAGAACUCGACCAUCCAAACCGGGAGCCAUCAUACUAAACAAAGUGACCCAGUCUAUACUUUCAUUUUAUUGGGUCCCUGCGGCUGGUAAUUUUGACUUCUACGAAGUACGCUACAACAUGGCUGGUGGUGAUAUUAUUGUUGCUGGUACUCAAACUCCAGAUGAAGAUACCAUCUUCACUUUGUAUGAACUGUUCCCAGUUACGGAUUACACUAUCACCAUAGUGACCGUGAUUGGAAGCGGUGAUGAUAAGAUGAUGAGUCAACCAAGGAGUACAACACAGAGAACAGCUACCCAGACUAUUAUGGUAACAGAGAGAGGUCAGAGUUCAUUGGAUGUCAGCUGGAUACCUCAGGGUGGUUCCUUUGUCAAUUACGAGUUCACAUAUACCCCCUCUGAUGGCAACCUGCAGUCUCCAGUUACAGUCGCUAAGAGUAGUGAUCCGGGUGUGACUUUGGAUGAUCUGACGCCAGGCACCCAAUAUAUGCUGACUGUCUCCACUGUUGAAGUUGAUGGCAGCAGAGAUGAUGUUGGUCAGACAACUGCUGUGCUUGCUCCAUUCCCUGUAAGUAACAUAGAGGUUACUCUCAUUACGUCAUCGGGAGCCACGCUGACCUUCACGACACCAGUCGUGGGAACAUUUGAUACGUUCCAUAUCACCAUUGAACUACAAGCUUCUGGUGCUGGUGUUGGCAACACAGAUGAUAUUAUUAUUGUCAUGCCCAGCGAUGCAUGCCCUGUGGUACAGUUGAUGGGAUUAGAGCCGGAUACGGAUUAUCUGGUAACUAUAGUGACACGAACUGGUACCACUGAUAGCGUACCUGGUACCUAUGCUUUCAGAACAGCUCCAGCCGAUGAAGGAGACAUUAUUGUAAUGGAAGUUACCAUGACAACCAUUUCAAUUCACUGGAUGGAGGUCACCAGCGAUUUCAACCAGUAUACAAUAGCAAUGUCAGGAGAUGACAAUAAGAAUAUGUAUGAUGUGGUAUCGCGGAGUGGAAGUCGAGAGAAGAUGUAUGACUCCUUAACACCUGGAUCUCUGUAUACUAUAGUGUUGACAACCAUUGGAGGCAAUGACCCUGUGACAUCAUAUGAACAGAUCAGAACCAUUCCAUCACCACCAGGAGAGGUGACUGUUAUCUCAGUAACAGACGUUACAGUUGUACUUUCCUGGAUAUCGGCAAGUGGUAACUUUGACGAAUACGAAGUAUGUUACAACCCUGUGCCGAGCGAUGCAACACAGUCCCCGAUACAGGUAUCCAAGGCAACACCCACCAUAAUGUUGGACGAUCUAUAUCCAGAAACUGUAUACACAGUUAGUAUCGCUGCUGCUAAAGGAGUGGCAAAUAUCAAUAAACAGUUGAGUGAAAAACAAACAGUUGUCAUAACUACUGGUCAGAGUACCAAACCACCAAUGCCGGGUGACAUAACGAUUGAUGCCCGCACAGCAACCAUGUUCACUAUUUCAUGGAUACCACCAUCAAGCAAUAACUUCUUACAGUACGAGGUGAUAUACACACCGACUAUUGGUUUCCCAGAGUCUCCUAUCAUUCUUGCUCAAAGUGCAACUACGUUGUCUCUAAAUUACCUGAUCCCUGGAACAGAUUAUGAUGUUUCCAUAGUAACUAUUGCUGGUACUGGUGAGAAUGUCAGACGAAGUGAUCCCAGUGAGAAAACUAUAUCAACGCGGCAAACUUUGAAAUGA